AUGAUUGGUGAUCGUAGAAUACGGUUAGGUGCAGAAAAGAUUUAUAAAUUGAUGUUUCUACGAAAAAAGUUAACUUUACUAAAAACUAUGUUCGAUUUGAAAAACGACUCGACGUCGACAACAACUGUGUCAAAAAGAAAAUCUAUUGAUGCAUUUGAAGAAGAUAAUGAUGAUCAUUAUGGUAUUUUCAAGAAAGUUAAAGCCGAUGAAGAAGAUGAAUAUGAUUUAUUAAGUGACGAUUAUGAAAGUGAUAAAGAAAAUUCAGAAGCAGAACAAGUGUUUUAA